CUCGGGGACAUUUUAACCUUCACACUUCAUAUCACCGUGGCUUCGGGCCAUAUAUCCGUCCCUUUCUUUGUUGAUUCAGAACAGCGCGGAGAGCUCUACUUAGUGUCCCUGAUCGCACAAGUCUUCGCCACUCUCCAGAGAAGAAUAUCGGAGCCUAAUUUCCUUGAAUAUGGAGCAAGACCAUGGCGACAGCAUUCAGAACGUCGCUUCCAUCGAACGAAUAGCCGAUCGAAGUCAACUCAAGGCAAAGCGUCACCUCGUAAUCCAAAGAUGCUUCCGGAAACCAACGGCACUGAGCCUUCAACUGCUUCAGAAAUGGCAUAAAGAAUACAAUGCAGCCGACGGGAAUCUCAAAUUAGAUGAUGCUAUCAUCCAAGAAGUCCAAAUCGACACGCUUGAUGAAGACACUGUCGAAAGAUGUAUAACCGAGCUGGCUGGAGAGGUUCCUGUUACGAACGGAUUCUGUGGCGAUUGCCAGCACCUAUUUAACAACUGGCCGGAUCUUAGUGAUCCCGAAGUCAAGGACCCGAGUACAGGACUGCAUUGGCCAGGCUCAGGUGCGGAUUGGAAGCACACUGUUGCCCAAGAAUGUCAUUCGCUAGUUCUCGAAGCGGCUGCGCGGAACGGUUGUCGCUUUUGCGCUUUUGUAAUGCAAGUGAUGAGAGAUGCCAAGGUACUGGAAAUCUUCCGAAAGAUUGAGGCCCGGUUGGAGUAUCUUGACGACAAGGCAAUGGCAUCUUUGUCUGUGCAGAAUUGGGGCAGGAAUUCAUCCCAGCUGCUAUGGAUCAACUUCCCUGGAAAGGUUUGUGAUCAUUGUAAUUACGGUAUCGCGCUAGAAGCAAAUUUUGAAUCGGCAGCCCUGGAGCAUUCUGCCGAUACCUACGAUAAGCAAAGGGAUGUGCUUGACAUUGCAAAUAGCUGGAUAGAGCGCUGCUCCGAAAAUCAUGAGGAUUGCAACAACAAUGACCAAGAUGUCUUGCCCUCCAGGUUGAUCUCUAUCGCCAGCGAUGUGCCACGAUUGGUCCUUACUAAAGGAUGGGAGAUGAGGCCUCGUUAUAGUACCCUCAGCCAUCGCUGGGGCGACGAGAAUUUCCUCAAACUCACCGAAGAGAAUCAAAACUCUUUGUUGUCGAUGAUACCUCUCCAAGAGCUCCCUAAGACGUUUAGAGACGCUAUCCACAUCAGCCGGCGACUCGGAUUAGAAUACCUAUGGAUCGAUUCAUUAUGCAUAAUACAAGGAAACACGGAAGACUGGCGACGAGAAGCAAGCUUAAUGAGCUCCGUUUACGGCGGCUCAUUCAUUAAUAUAGCUGCAGCCUCUGCCGUCAGCGUGCACGAAGGUUGUUUCCUGAAAACACCCCACCUCGUAGAUGGACUACGGGCAUCUAUCACCGUGAGCGGAGGCAAUCUGGUACGAGACUUUCGUUCCCAAUCCGUCUACAGAAUGUCUACGACAGAUUCACAUCUAGCAACACGUGCAUGGGCAUUCCAAGAAAAGAUUCUCCCACCCCGAACCAUCCAUUUUGGCAAUCGCGGCGCCUUUUGGGAAUGUAGGACCAUGACUGCAAAUGAAUUCUUGCCGGAUGGAUUUAAAAGGCAACUUGGCAGUGGUCUGAUUAAUCAGCGGACAAGGCAAAGCUCCUUUGAAUACUGGUGGGAUGAUGUUGUAAGACUGUAUUCUACCACUGAUUUGACUUAUAGUCAAGAUAAGCUCCCCGCACUUUCUGGAAUAGUACGACAAAUCCAUAAUGAGAGAGGCGGACAGUAUCUGGCAGGAAUGUGGCGAGAAGAUGAUAUUGAAGCGCAACUCUGCUGGAAGGCCACGAAUCCGAGGAGGCGCCCAUCGUGGCGUGCACCCAGUUGGUCGUGGGCUUCUAUUGAUGGAGGCGUCUCGUAUAAAGUGAGGCAAUCUGGAAUUCUGGAUGAUAUCUAUGCGCACGUCUUGGAUGCCGAGAUGACAUUUCUAGGUCAGAAUCCUUUUGGUGAGGUCAGUGGGGGGAGACUACGCAUUGCAUGCUCUGGUAUGCUGGCUGCGAGAUUUGAUGAGGGGGGUACAGUCAAGAUUGAAUCUGAUGAGAGAGAUAUAAAUGCAGAUGCAGAAUACCCGGUUUCACCAGACUGUCUAGAUGACGAGUGGAGGAGCGGUGGUAGCACCGUGUAUUUGUUGCCACUCUUGGGUGGGAAAACCGGGAGCGGGAGAUACGUUGACGAAGGCAAAUCAAUAGCUGAGAUGAUGAUUUGCGGGAUUCUUCUAAGGGAGAGCGGUGGUGUGGCUGGGCAGUUUUGUCGAAUUGGAAUGUUUCAAUUCUGGAAGGAUGAAAUCAUUUAUGAAGGACCUGAUAAAAAAGAGAAGGAAUAUCUUGAACCGUUUCUAAAGGCCUUUAAACAGGGAGCAGCUUCAGUGGCAGAGAGUGUGUGUGCUGAGGUCGUCCAGAAUCCAGAUUUUCCAGAUGAACGGUAUGUUAUUUAUAUUGUCUAAAGAUCAAUACCACUACUUUUUAAGCACGCAGGAUAAUUUGAUAGCCUUUUCAGUAAUAAUACUAUGUGGUGU